AUGCGAACCAGCACGUUCCUACGCACGCUUUUCGAUGCCUGUUAUGUCAUCAAUCUCGACCGUCGCCCGGACCGCUGGUCCCACAUCUCGGCCGAUCUUCAAAAACGCCGUCUGGGGCGGUUUCUCAAACCCGGCGUCUCCCCCACGCGCGUGAGCGGUGUGGACGGCUCCACCUUAGACGUCGCGGCCCUGCACGCCGCCGGGGUCCUGACGGAGGAGGGCUACCGGCGCUUUGUGCAGCCGAUCGCGCAAAAAUUGUUCGGGAUGGACCUCACCCCGGGGGCGAUUGGGUGCGCGCUAAGUCAUCGCCUGGUCUGGGAGAAAGUCGUCGCGUCGAGACAGACGGCCGCGCUCAUCUUGGAGGAUGAUGCGGAGUUAAGCCCGAGGUUUCACCGCCAGCUGGGGCCGCUCUGGGAGCGGGUCCCGAAGGACUGGGGCAUUGUUUAUCUCGGUGGGUUGGAUCUUCUCGCCGAGGGGAAACCCCCACGUCCGUACGUCGCGGAAGGCGUUCGUCGUGCCUACCAAGGCCAUCGGGAGCUGACCGCCUAUGUGGUGAACGAAGCAUCGGCACGGCGCUGCUUGGAGUUAUCCCUCCCACUGACGUGGCAAAUCGAUACCCACAUUACCAGUGAGCUGAAGAAUGAGGACGCGAGCAAGGACGCCUACAUUGUCGAUCCCAUGUCCUAUGUGUUUCAGCCCGCGUUGUCUAUUCAAAUCACCUCGCUAGGCACCGAUGUGCAGAAGAAGCCGUCGGAUCACCCCGCAUUGGAAGACGCCGCGCGGCGAAUGCGAGAGUUUGUUGAGGGCGGGACCUCCGUCCGGUGA